GAUAUAUGAGAUGAUUCCGGCUGUUCGUGCAUGUGGAUUUGCAUUGAGAAAAAAUAAAGACUUGCCUCGGAUGAAAAGAUGGAGCGGAACAAAAAAAAUUGAAAUGGGUUGACGUGAACAAGAUUUGGUCAAAGAUGCAGGAGGGGCUACCACCAAGACAAAACAUGUUACCGGGUGAUGGUGAGAUGACAUCUUUUUAUUAUAUGUCAUUUCAAGAGUAUGUAUAUGGUGAAGGGAAAGCAGUUCCAUCCCCAGUACGGGACCAUUUUAGGAGACAAGACGAAUCUUCGUCUAGUAUGUCGUCCAGUGGUCGCUCUCAUGGUAGAGGUCGGGGCAGUGGGAAACACAAGCUAGACGAGUUGUUGAAACGGGUACAUGCACUGGAGCAGCAUGUGUUUAUGAAUCAACAAAAACCUACAGAGGUUUUUUAUGAAGAAGUGAAUAAUGAACAAUUUUGGAACGACAUUAUUUUUGAGGAACCGACAGUGUCACAAAGAAAUUAUGAUGAACAGAUGAAGUGA